AUGGCUACUAUCCCCCCCAGGCCCCUCCACCCCGAGAUCCUCUACGCUGAGCGCUCUUCGGAGACUGAGCCCGAGAAGAACAUCAUCUACUUGACCAUCAACGUCGCGGACAUCAACGGCGAGCCCCGCCUCGACAUCACCAAGGACCAGAUCUCCUUCAGCGCCGUGUCGGGCACUCCCGACAAGGGCAUUCCCACCAAGGAGUGGGCCUUUGACCUUGACCUGUGGGGAGAGAUCGACCCCACCAAGACCAAGAAGGUCGUCCACGGCCGUGCCGUCGUCCUUGUCCUCCAGAAGAAGGAGCUCCGCGCCGAGUACUGGCCCCGCCUCACGAAGGAGAAGCCCAACCGCAAUUGGAUCCGCACCGACUUUGCUAAGUGGGUCGACGAGGACGAGCAGGAGGGCGAGGAGCUUGAGGCCCCCGACGCCGGAAUGGGCGGCGGUAUGCCCGGUAUGCCCGGUAUGGGCGGCAUGGGCGGUAUGCCUGGCAUGGGUGGCAUGGGCGGCAUGGGCGGCGGUGGCAUGGAGGACCUCAUGGCCCAGAUGGGCGGCAUGGGCGGCAUGAUGGGCGGCAUGGGUGGUGCCGGCGGUGGCAUGCCCGGCGGCAUGGACUUUGCCAAGCUCAUGGAGCAGAUGGGCGGUGCCGGUGCCCUCGGCGGUGGCAUGCCCGAUGGUGACGACCUCGACGAGGUGGACGACGCCGCGCCUGCGGCCAAGGAGGUCGUCGAGGACGUCCAGGUCGAGGAGGUCGAGUAA